AUGCACGAUGUUUGACAGUGCAGACGCAUCCGGGCAGGCUCUCUGCAAGAAAUGUAAAAAGCAAACUAACAGUGGCCCCAAAUGUAUUAUAUGUGGAGCCAAUUAUCAUACAAGUUGUGCUAAGCUUAUAAAAAAAGCCAAGUUUAUAAACGAUAACGAAGUUAACUGUUGUGCUGUGAGUGAUACCGGCGAAAUUAGUGAUUGCGAAUCUCUUGCUCAAAGUGAAGAUACGUUUAGCUCCCUCAGGAACGAAAUCAAGUACCUCAAGUCAAUUAUUGAUCACAAAGAUGUAAUCAUCAAGGAAUUAGAUGAAAAAAUCCACCUUCUUAAAGUCAUUGCAGCGCUCAGAGAGGUAUUCGAAGGCCAACUUAAAAACGAUCGCGAUAAUGGAAGAGAAGUUCGCGAAAAAGUGGAUGCAGGUAAACAAGCCUGGCUUAUCAACAGCGAUGAACCUCCGACAGUACCUUUCAACUUGCAACGUCCUGCGACGAUGAUGGAUAAGGGUUUGCCAAAUUCCAAAAACCUGACAAAUAAUAGGGACGGAACAUUUCCUCCCACAUUACAAGUAACAAUUCCUUCAACUUCCGGAGUCCCUACCGCUGAUACCAACACAAAAACGCCGCAGAGUAAUAAAGAGGACGGCUUCAUUCUGGUCCAAAACAAAAAAAAGAAGGCAUCCGCGUCUACCAAAGUGGCCCCACAGAGCUUACAAGCAACUAAACCGAUCUCGGGAGCUACUAGAAAAAAAUCAAUGAUUGGCUCAUCUGCCAGUACUGUUUUAAAAAGCGUUCCUAAAUCAGCUCAUCUUCACUUGUCUAGAUUAGAUCCGGACACCAAGGUCGAGAAUAUCCUGGACUAUAUCAAGCCCCAUGUGUCUAAAGCAAACUGCGAAAGACUACAAUCGAAAAAUCCAACCCUAUACUCGUCAUUCAAGCUAUCUGUGCCACUAGGAGAACUUGAACAAGUCAUGAAUUCUUCCAUCUGGCCCUGUGGAGUUACUAUAAAUCGUUUUUUCUUCAGGCGCCCCCAAAACAACAAUCCACCAAACCAGAGUGUAGUGGCGUAACUAUCUAGAAGCCUUUUUGCUGUCUGAUGGCCCUUUUGAAGUACUAUGUAUCAAUGAGCAUUGGAUGACGGCUAAUAAAAUCGAGGUUCUUAAAUUAGGAAAUUAUUGUACAGUUUCUAGCUUUUGCAGAACUUUGCGCUAUCAUGGUGGAGUAAGUAUUUUUGUUCAUAAUUCCAUGACUCAUUGCAAAUCUUUGAGUUUUGAUAGUAUUGAGUUUGAUUUUGAAGUUUCUGGAUGUUUAUUAAAUGACAACUUAAAUGUAGUUACACUGUAUCGUUCACCUUCGGGGAAUUUUGAUGUUUUUCUGAAAAAAUUAAAUUUAAUGCUUUCGUCUUUAACCAAAACCAAUAAUAAAAUUAUUGUAACAGACGAUUUCAAUGUGAAAUUUGGCACUUCGGAUAAGCUUGCUGUUGCUUUGGUUAAUACUUUUCUUUCAUAUGGUUUAUACUCAACUGUUUUUACUCCAACUCGAGGAAAUUCCUGCCUCGAUAACAUUUUCACUAGCUUUCAAAUCAAUGAUUAUCAAGUAACAACUCAUGAUCCAGGAUUAUCUGAUCAUUGUGGUGUAUGUAUGAGUGUCUUUGUUCCUACUUCGUCUCUAGUGGCAAAUGAAAGUUCUAAUACCAAAUAUAGACCUAUAACUACUUUAGGAUUAUUCCACCUAUAUAACUUUAUUGAAAAUAUCAACUGGGAUUUUAUCAACAAUACUAACAAUGAUGUUGAAGACUUAUUUACUCAAUUUAACAGUAUUCUAGUACAUUAUGUAUCUAUUUGUUUUCCUGAAAAAAUUUUUUCCACUCGAGCAUCAAAAAAUUGGUUUAAUGACAAUUUGCGAGCUUUACGUAACAUGCAAACUCUGCUUUUUCAGCUUCAAAACAAACAAAUUAUUGAUAAAGAGGUUUACACUGAUUUCAGGAAAUUCUAUCGCAGUGAAAUUGCAAAAGCUUUAGUUAAAUUUCAUGAUAACAUGAUCAACAACGUCCCUAACAAACAAAAAGCAUUGUGGAAUAUUGUCAACACAAAGAGAAAAAAUUCUGUUAAAUUGCCUACGAAUCUGUCGCCUGACACUAUCAAUAACUAUUUCACUAACAUUGCUGCCAAUACAAUUAACGCGUUACCCAAAAUAUCAAAUAUUUUAACAUCGUUUGAAACUGACUCUCGAUUUUCUUUCCAUGAAGUUUCGUAUAACGAAGUUAGGGAUGCCAUUAAUCAUUUGAAGAAAUCUAAUAGUCGUGAUGCCUACAAUAUUAGUUCAAAAAUUCUAAAAUCGUUAGUAAAUCUUAUAGUUAUUCCUCUGACUAAAAUCAUUAAUAGGUGUAUUAGAGAAAGUAUAUUUCCAGCAGUUCUAAAAAUUUCCAAAGUUGUACCGGUUUUUAAGAAAGGAGAUCCGAAUGACAUCAGUAAUUAUAGACCUAUUUCUCUAGUGCCUAUUUUAGCAAAGGUUUUUGAGUUUAUUUUAAAAAAGCAAAUCAACUCGUAUUUUGAGAAUAAUAGUCUCUACUCGCAGUUCCAAUUUGGUUUUAGAUGUAAUCACUCAACAUCCCUAGCUAUUAACUACCUUAGUGAAAAAAUUUUGUCUAGUUUUGAAAAUAAGGAAAAUACCUAUGUUUGCUGUUUGGACUUAACAAAAGCAUUUGAUUGUGUUAAGCAUGGUCUAUUGUUACAAAAAUUAAAAUCGUAUGGAUUCUGUGUCAGAAGUAUUAAUUUGAUGAAUUCAUACUUAAUAAAUAGAUGUCAGUUCGUUUCUGCUCACAAUAUUAAUUCCAAUAAAAUGGAAAUUAAAUUUGGUGUACCGCAAGGAUCGGUCCUAGGACCGACUCUAUUUCUCAUCUUUAUAAAUGACCUGCCACUUUCUAUUAAAGAUACUAAUUUCUUACUGUUUGCUGACGACACCACUAUCUAUGGCGC